CAUUUUGUAUGGUAAUCCUAGUCCAGAGACCAUUUUUUGAAUUUCGUAAUAUGAUCAUUAUCUGCAUUCAUAUAAUCUUUAGCAAAAUCUGCAAUUGCGUCAACACAAACCUCAGCUAAAAUUCCAUUAUGUUUUAAAAUACUCAUCAACCUAGUUGCAGCUGAUAGACCAUCUUUUCAUCAUUCAUAGAUCGGAUUCCUAGCUGCUUGUAGAAUGUCAUAAAACCGCCUUGCUUGUUCAUUAGGAUCCUCACCAACAUUAGCCCCCUCAAUGGCUUCACGAAACGUAUCUCAAACUAUAAAGUAGAAAAGAGAGUGCACUGAAAACGAUGGACGUCCCUAUCGUCGACCUAAGCAACCCCAACGAAGAUCUCGUGGCACGUGCGGUCGUGAAAGCGAGCGAAGAAUGGGGAAUUUUCCAGGUGGUUAACCACGGGAUCCCGCCGGAGCUGAUACGGCGGUUGAAAGAAGUUGGGACAAAGUUCUUCGAGCUUCCCGAGACGGAGAAGGAAGCCGUCGCGAAGCCAGAAGACUCCGUGGACGUAGAAGGAUACAGAACCAAGUACCAGAAAGAUCUAGAAGGUAGAAACGCAUGGGUCGAUCAUCUCUUUCACCGCAUUUGGCCCCCGUCCAGAGUUAGUUACAGAUUCUGGCCUAAGCUUCCUAUGGAUUACAGGGAAGUGAAUGAGGAUUACGCAAAACACCUUAAGAAACUAUCGGAGAAAAUCAUGGAAUGGCUAUCAGAGGGGUUAGGUUUACGACGUGAGGCAUUGAUAGAAGGUUUAGGCGGCGAAACGGUGGAAUAUUUAAUGAAGAUCAAUUACUAUCCGCCGUGUCCUGAUCAAGAUUUGGUCAUAGGAGCUCCUGAUCACACUGAUGUCAAUGGUAUCACAUUCCUAGUUGCUAAUGAAGCGUUAGGGCUUCAGGCGUUCAAAGAUAAUCACUGGAUCGACGUCAAAUAUACCACUUCCGGAAUCAUCGUCAUCGUUGGCGACCAAUUCCAUAGGAUGAGUAAUGGGAAGUAUAUGAGUGCAAAGCAUCGAGCGACAAUGGAUAAAGAGAAGACGAGAAUAUCAUGGCCGGUUUUUGUGGAAUCUAGCCUUGAUCACAAGUUCGCACCUUUGCGGGAGCUGAUAACUGGCGAAGAUAAUGCUCCUAAGUUCAAGCCUUAUGUCUACAAAGACUUCAAAUUUCGUAAGCUUAAGAAGCUUCCUCUCGACUGAGAAACAGAGGCGUUGUCAUCCGUUAUUUCGUUAACGGAUUAUUAUUCAUAAAGCUUGCAUGCUUAAAUUAUUAACGUUAAAGUUUAAGUGAAUCAUCAAUGUGGUGUCUCGCGUCCUUAUAUCCUUUGAUAAUAUAUGUUGAAAUUUCGGUUGAUUUCAAAUUUGAUAUAUUGCGUGUGGGUGUUUUUACAUAUAAAAUUAUGAAGUAACUUUUGGAAAUUUUAGUUUGCAAAAACUUUUGGAAA